AUGGUAACAAUCGGUAGACUGCCGCCCGAAAUUCUGCUGAUUAUUUUAAAAAACUGUGAUUUUCGCUCACUGCUUCUGUUACGUCAGAUAUCGCAUGAAUACAAGAGACUGGUGGCACAUGAGCUGCGCAACAGGGAGCGGCUCGAUUUGGCUGCCGAUUACUUCUCCGUCUAUGGGUCAAACUGGCUUAGCGACAAUGAGCAGGCUUCUCACAAAAUUGCUUUCGAUAAAAUAAUUGCCUUCCUCGGCAAACAUAUGUCUCAUUUAAAGGAAUUCUCAGUCAGGGACUGCCCCGUCUCGCUAACAUUGACCGGCCUAAUACAGGUACACUUUGUAAUUGGCGCCAUUUUAUGUUCAUGUCGUUGA